AUUUGUUCUUCUCAGACACGUGUGUUUCUUGAAUUCUCUAUCCGGAUUCUUCCAUUUUUCAAUUUCAACUCUUCCUCGCCCUUCCAUUUUCAACCACUUUCUUUCAUGCUUCAAUUCACUGAUCUAAACCGCAAAAUUUCAAUUUUUUCAUCUCUUUCGUAUCUGGGUUCUUGCGAUCAUGGCGUGGUACAGAAGAGGAAAGCUUGUUGUGGAUGAUUUUCACACCUUGGCUUCGAGGGUUUCAUCUCAAAAUUCAAUUUUUCAGCCUAGUUCGAGAGUUUUCCAAUCUGGGUAUUUGAAUUCACGUUCUAAAGGUGCUAGCUUUAAUGGCUUUUCUACGUUUUCUUCAAUUUCUAAGAGGUUAGGUAAAGAGGGUUUUGAAGUUAAUAGGAAUUUUAGGAGAUUUUACUAUGUGGAUCCUCGAAAUGUGCAGCAUUUUAGGGAAAGAGGGCCAAAACGUUGGAUUCAGAAUCCUAGACAUGUUUUGAUUGCUGUUGUAGUUGGUUCAGGUGUUUUUAUCACUGUGUAUUUUGGGAAUAUGGAAACUGUUCCUUACACGAAGCGAACUCAUUUGAUUUUGAUGUCGAAAGCGAUGGAGAGGAAGCUUGGGGAGAGUGAGUUUGAGAAGAUGAAGGUAUCUUUUAAGGGGAAGUUGUUGCCUGCAAUACAUCCUGAGAGUGUGAGAGUGAGGAUGAUAGCAAAUGAUAUUGUUGACGCGUUGAAGAGAGGGUUGAGUAAGGAGAAUGUGUGGAGUGAUUUAGGGUAUGCUUCGGAGAAUACUACGUUGAGCGAAGAGAAUGGGAGGGAGACGCUUAGUGCGUUGACGGAUAAUGAAGGGAAAGUUGAAGGGAAUUGGCACCGAGAGGAUGAGGUUCUUGAUGACAAUUGGGUUCAGAAGAGUAGGAAAAAAGGUCAGGAACGAGGCGCACAGACGUCGCAUUUAGAUGGAUUGAAUUGGGAGAUUUUGGUGGUGAAUGAGCCGGUUGUUAAUGCCUUUUGCUUACCUGGUGGGAAGAUAGUUGUAUUUACGGGUUUGCUUGAACAUUUUCGAAGUGAUGCAGAGAUUGCAACUAUUAUUGGACACGAGGUUGGACAUGCUGUUGCCAGACACAGUGCGGAGGGCAUGACGAAGAAUCUGUGGUUUUUUAUUCUGCAAUUGGUACUUUAUCAAUUCGUCACACCUGAUAUUGUCAACACAAUGUCAUCGCUUUUUUUACGGUUGCCAUUCUCCAGGCGGAUGGAAAUAGAAGCUGAUUACAUUGGACUUCUAUUAGUCGCAUCCGCGGGCUAUGAUCCGCGCGUGGCACCUAAAGUCUACGAGAAGUUAGGAAAAGUCACGGGUGAUUCUUUGCUUAGAGACUAUCUCUCUACUCAUCCAUCUGGAAAGAAAAGAGCAGAAUUGCUUGCUCAAGCUCAGGUAAUGGAAGAAGCUCUUACUAUGUAUAAGAAUGUAAGAGCCGGACGCGGGGUCGAAGGAUUUCUUUAGGACUGCCAUAGUUUUUUCGGUUAAAGUAUAAAGAAAAGUUUAAUAUACAAGGUAACCUUAGAUUUAAUGCAAAAAUGUGGGAUUUCCCAACUGCAUGAAAUCCCACUAUACUUGUUGUAUGUGAUUUGGUUUUAUCGGCUCUGUACGGUAAUUAUUAUAAAUAAAUUUGAUUUUUUUAAUUCA